UUCAUUUCUUUAAACUAUACUAGAAGGACUUUUCUCAUUCAAGUAGAGCGAAAUGUGCCCCCAUAUUGUAAUGUUGUUAAGUUACUGAAUAAUAGAACAGUAUAUCGCUACCAUUGUGUUUGUAGAAAUAGAAAGUUUUAAAUAUGGUAAGUUACAUGUCUAUAUAAAUUAUAUAAAAGUGUACUACAUUUCCUUAACAUAUAGGACUAUAUAAUUCCAACUUAUCAAUACAUAUACCCAAGUCUUUAAAAACAUUUUCACAUUGUAUAAGAAAUAAAUUAUAACAAAAAAUAUUAUGAUCAACCACAGUUGUUUCUUAAUUUUAUUAACCUUAACAUGGUAUUGGAAAUUAGAUGCUUUUACAGGUCGUUGUAAAUCUGAAGGACAAAAUUGUACCAAAACAAUAUUUUCACCAUGUUGUGCAAAUUCCACAUGUCAACUACAUGGAUUAUUUAAAGGAAUUUGUGUAAAAUGUUUACCUGAGAAACAUUUGUGCUUAUCCAGUAGUGAAUGUUGUACAAAUUAUGUAGUUGGUUUCGAUGUAUCAUGACAAAUUAGAUAUAAACUGAUUCAUUCAUUUACAAUUGAUGAUAUUCUUAUACAAGUAAAUUGACUAGUUAUCUACCAAAAAAAUAUAAGUUUAAAUGUUCUUAAAACUUGUUUAACCGCAAUGAGUUCAUUUAUGGUUCUAUGUUACAAUGUAAUCAUAUUUGACACUUAAAAACACACUGUAAUAAUAAUAAUAAUAAAUGUUUAAGUAAAAAUGCAUAACUACUGAGAGAUCCAAGAAUAGGAAUGAAUCUUAAAUUGUCUUCCUCUUUCAAGAUUAUAUCUAGAGCAUUAGCUUCAAACAUAUAACAGUAAAACAUUGUGAAUGUGAACUUGAUCAAUAUAACUCAGUAAGUACUAGAGAAUAGAUAAACAUGACAAUGCUUAUUAUGCAGUGACUAAUCAACAUGAAUAUCAACCGAUGAUUUUGUAUAUGCGUAACUUUCAAUGUAAUAUAUAGCUUCUUAUUGACUUUUAUUUUAAAACAGCCUUGACAUCUGAAAUAUUAAACUAAUUCCAGAUGAGAGAAAACUUUCACUGUUUUUUUUUUGCAACUCAUUGUAGCUAAUUACCUGACAUUAAUUAAAACUCUU